CUUCCUAUUCCUUCCUUUCCUUUUUAUUUUUAUUUUUAUUUUUAAUUUUUUUUCUCUUAUUUUAUAUAUCUCUUCCCUUUCUCUCUCUUCGAUUCCAUCCGAAUCCCCAAUCCCUUGAUUUCACGCACCUCCGAUCCUCUCGCAUUCUCGUCAAUCCCAGAUUGGUGACAUGGUGCUGAAUUUGUUCUAAAUUUGUGCCUUACGUGGCGCAAGGGCUUGUGGAUUAAGGGGUUUUUUCUUGCUGCUUGAUCUGGUUCAGAUCUUGGAAAUUGGGUUUUUUUAAUCAGAGCGUCGGAGCUGGGGUUUGGCAGAAGAGUGGCAGGUCUUCAGGGUGAUUCCAUGCUUGUUUUGGCUUCUGACGACGUCUUAGUGGGGAAUGUGUGAUUGCUGAGGGGUCCUCUGCGCUGUUUGUGGAGGAUCCCGUCACUAGGAACUUGAACUAGGGUUAGUGUUCUCUAGGAUUAAUAAGCCUUUGUGGUGAUGGAGAAAGCUCUUUGCUUUCAUCUAUGUCCGUGAAGUUGCGUAGUGAAGGGAAACGUUGGGGAAGGCGGUGGCUUUUCAACCGAUAACUUUGGUCGGGUGGAUAAAUUUGAACAAAAUGUUUAGCCCUGGGACUGAUAUGUCUCAAGAUGCGAGUGGAGUCGUGCUGAUUCCAACUCGGUUUGUGUGGCCUCAUGGUGGCAAAAGAGUGUUCCUAACUGGUACCUUUACAAGGUGGUCUGACCAUAUACAAAUGUCCCCUAUGGAGGGUUGUCCUACUGUUUUUCAGACUAUUUACAGAUUGGCUCCUGGGUUUCAUCAGUACAAGUUCUGCGUCGAUGGGGAAUGGCGGCAUGAUGAACGGCAACCUUAUGUCAAUGGGAACUAUGGGAUAGUGAACACUGUGCUUUUAACCCAGGACCCUGAUCCUAUACCUGCAAUGUUAAGCCCUGAGACUGGAAACAGAAUGAAUAUGGAUGUUGACAAUGAAAAUGUUCAGCGUGUGGCCACAUUAUCUGGUGCACUGCAGGAGUCAGCUUUGAGAAGCUCUGAUACUGACCUUGAGAUUUCUCGACACCGUAUAUCUGGUUUUUUGUCAGCACAUACUGCUUAUGAAUUGCUUCCAGAGUCGGGCAAGGUUGUUGCCCUUGAUGUUAAUUUGCCUGUGAAGCAAGCAUUUCAUAUUUUAUAUGAGCAGGGAAUUCCUGUGGCUCCGUUGUGGGACUUUUACAGAGGGCAGUUUGUUGGAGUACUAAGUGCCUUGGACUUCAUAUUGAUUUUGAGAGAGCUGGGAAACCAUGGCUCAAAUCUGACAGAGGAGGAGCUGGAAACACACACUAUAGCUGCUUGGAAAGAAGGAAAACAACAACUUUGUAGACAAAUGGGUGAGCAUGGAGGAACAUUUAACAGGCAUCUUAUUCAUGCUGGUCCCUAUGAUUCAUUGAAAGAUGUAGCAUUGAAGAUCUUGGAGAAUGGAGUGGCCACAGUUCCAAUAAUCCACUCAGCAUCUUAUGAUGGGUCAUUUCCACAGUUGCUUCAUCUUGCAUCUCUUUCGGGAAUACUGAAAUGUAUUUGCAGGCACUUCAGACAUUCUUCUAGUUCUCUACCUAUUUUACAACAACCAAUUUGCACAAUCCCGCUUGGCACAUGGGUUCCAAAAAUUGGGGAAUCAAAUGGUCGUCCACUGGCAAUGCUACGGCCACAUGCAUCACUUAGCUCUGCGCUUGCUCUUUUGGUUCAAGCUCGAGUGAGUUCAUUGCCUAUAGUAGACGACAAUGAUUCUUUGCUCGACACAUAUUCUAGAAGUGAUAUCACAGCAUUGGCUAAAGACAGAGCUUAUGCACAGAUUCGCCUUGAUGAAAUGAGUAUUCAUCAGGCAUUGCAACUUGGACAAGAUGCAAAUUCGCAUUUUGGAUUUUUUAAUGGGCAAAGAGUUCAAAUGUGUCUCCGUUCUGAUUCUCUGCAACUAGUGAUGGAGCGGCUGUCUAAUCCUGGUGUGCGACGCCUUAUAAUUGUGGAAGCUGGAAGCAAGCGCGUAGAAGGCAUUAUCUCACUUAGUGACGUACUCCGGUUCUUGCUUGGUUAAGCUCUUUGCCGCCGCAUCAUCACGUAUUUGUAUGAGAUUCGGGCGGCUUUGAUACCGCCCACCUCUCAUCAAGUCCCACCUCAAAAAACCUUGCUUGGCUUAUGGAAUCAUUUGUGAUAUUUCUUAAUUUAUAGGCCUCAAAUGGUUUUAGAUCCUGGUCUGUUUUUAAGGUAAAUGGCCGCCGGAGGUCUGUAAAUGAUAGGAAUUUUUGUUUCUACCUCCAUUUCUCCUAACUUACCAUGCCAUUGUUACCCUCCCCUGCGCAGCGAAGUCGGUCAGUACCACCUUCUAUUAUUACCUUCCAUAGAGCAUGCAUCUUUCACUUAUUUUCUAACAGAGAAAAAAAAAAAAUAGGGAGGGAUAUUCUCAAGAGAUGUAAGACUGUGAUUGCUGUACCAAUUGUUUUCCGGUUAUGUUUUACCCUUUUUUGCA